AGCGGGGUAAAAACGGGCACGUGAACGGGUCAUCACUGAAAUGUAGGUGGCAAUCAGGAUCGAUUGAGUAGUGAGCAAGGCCCUGCCAAAGUGACCCAAAGUCUUCCACUAAUCUCCAGGACCGGGUUUGUCAACCUCAUUGAGCCCAUUCACAAUCGACACUGAAAUCUCGCCGCCACCACAUUACUUUUCCAUGUACCCAAUAUUGACCGCUUUACACCAGCACAAUGAGCGCCGCCUGACUGAUGACUGAUGACUGCUGAGUGCUCUAAGUCUGCACAAAUUGAUCGGGCCGCCAGAGAUUCAUUGACACUCAUCCGCACCACGAGCGCGCGACUUCUUUGGUGGCAUGUCAUGUUCGGUGUAGUCUAGCAACCCUCUCAUCACUACCACAAGAUGACAGCACCUGAAGGCGGCAAAUGUGCUACAAUCGUCUUCGAUAAGCCACCGGCGGCAGAUCGCAAGUUCCCUUGCAAAGUCUGCUCCAAGGUUUUCAAGCGCAGUGAGCACCGUCUUCGUCACGAACGCGCCCACACCCAGGAGAAACCUUUUCAUUGCAGAUACUGUCACAAACGAUACUCCCGCAGAGAUCUGGUUGUGCGGCACGAAAGAACUUUGCAUUCUUCCAAGUAUACGCCAAAAGCCAACGCGAGCCGAGAUGGUGAACGUGACAAAAGUCCCUCAAAAUCGGAGUCGAAUCCUGUUGAACAAAAUGACAACGUACCCGCCGACAUUGAGGCAAACUCGACCAAGGCCGGCAGCCUCACCCACGACGGUGAUCCUGACAUCGUCGCUUCAAUCUCUGGCUGCAAUGAGCCCGUGCUGCAGUUUCCUCCAGAUUCAAAUCCUUCAGCCGCUAACCAGCACUUCCACGUUGGUCUCAAGGAGGCCACGGCACUUGCAGCCAGCAACCCGACAACAGACGCUUAUCCAACCAGUGCAACUGGCCACGAUGAUACUAACAUGUAUGCCCUGUUUGGUGACUCGGCCAACGUCAACACCCAGUCCGGUCUGCCGCCUCCGAUGCAGCGGAUAGACAAUUCGCACGAGGAGCUACCGAACCAGCCAAGUGUCGACGUCUUUCCAUUGCACGAUAUCAUCUUUCCGGACCUGGACCUCUUUGACCCUUUUCGAGGCCUUGUCCAUGGCACACCGGACUUUUAUGGCCUCCACGACGACUUGGGGCCGCUGGGAGCCUGCUCGCCGCUGCCCCAACCAAAAGAAAUCGCGCCGCAACCUACGUUCUUCCAUGGUCAAGUUCCUGGGCCGGUUGGCGACAUUGCGUCAUCCCAUCCGCAGUCGUCAAUGGCCCUCGCUUCUCUCGGAACGACAAUGUUUCCCACGCAAUUACAAGCUCAGGUCUUUCCACAGAAGACCAAUUGUGUCAACAAUUGUCAAGCAUCUUUCGCGGAGCAAUCACCUGCCUCCACGAGGUCGACAGCCUCGAGCCUUCCAGAAGUAAUAAAGACCUCUCAGGUCAAAAGAACUUACUUUGGAAUUACUCCACAACACAGAAUGGCAAUUUACGUGGACUUGACGUCGAGACUGAGUCAAGAUGAUCUCUGGGGAUUUGAACUCCCAGAAGCGCAAACGUUGGAACAAUGCUUGCGCAGUUAUGCCGAUAAUUUCCAUGUACAUCUACCUAUCAUCCACCUUGCUUCGCUGAAUGUUGAGGAAACGCCAAGUCCUUUGGUUCUGAUUAUGUGCGCCAUCGGUUCACUGUAUCGGCUGGAGCGCCGGCUCGCAAUGGCCCUGUAUCGGAAGGCGACACAAGCCUUUACAAAAAGUAUGGCCACUUGGCUGGCCACGAAUGAGUCCCUGAUGGCUAUCGAUGAUUUCACCCCAUCACUAGACACAACGACCCAUCAAAGUCCGCUUCCUGUUUGGAUCAUGCAGGCGAGGGUUCUCCUUGGGGUAUUUGGCACCCUUAACGGCAAUGCAGGUUUGAUCAAACGAGCCUUUGGAUUGUUGGGGUCUCAGUGGCUGGAUUGUCAUUUAAUGUUGUCCUCUUUGAGCGUUGGCCAGGAGCCCAGCGACAUGACAUGGAAGGACUGGGUGCAACGCGAGUCGUCAAAGAGGAUCUUCUACGGCGUGAUCAUCUUGUCGCAUAUGCUCAGUACUGCAUAUGGUCUUUGUCCGGCCUUUUCAGCAGCGCAGAUUGCAACCUUGGAAAUGCCUGGUGAUCAAAAUCUCUGGGAUUCCUCUUCAGAGAGUCAAUGGCUCCUAUUGCGCCGUGGUGGACCCCGAAGCACACCGAUAAGUCUGGGAGAGGCAGUGUCGAAGCUGAUGUACGAUAAAACCGCCAAAGAGACCUUGGAUGAUUCGUGGAAGUGGUCUCCUUUUACGACUGCAGUCGCUUUGUAUGCGGUCGCGACACAAAUCUGGCAUAUAUCUUCCGCUAAAAACCUCGGGGUAAUGCCUGGAGAUAACGGACGGCAUACAAUAUUGUCGGGCCCUGGCGACAUAUUGGAGACCGAAGCCGCUCUGAGCAGGUGCAGACAGCUCUUGAUCACCUCGAAAAACGCAAGUGAGGUUCCCUGGAGUGACGAGAAUGGACCGCUCCUAUUCAACUGCAUGGCCGUUCUCCGCGUUGCGUACGGUCGUGCUUGUAUGCUCACUGCAACUAUGGACCGAUUCAUCUUGCUCAGGGAAACACGCGGUGAAAUCAUUGAUGCAGUCAAGAAAUAUCUCUACGUCGAUCAGCCUCGCAGCCAAGCAGUCUCUGGCGCAGUUGGGAGAUCGAUCGAAGGUCUCUUUGUGCCCAUCCAGGCAGGAUUGCUGUGGACGCGGAAAACCGCCGCGCUGACCUGGUGGGUAGAUCAUGCCCUUGCGGGAUGGGAUACUGCUCUCUUCGUUACCCGCUGGGUCCAUGCGAUUGAACAAGCAGAACGGCGCCGAAAUCCGGUUGAUGACUUGGAAAGACAGACAGUAAAGGAGGUUCACCGACUGUUAAGAGAAGCUCAAAUCCCAUGUGCGGGCGGUGAUUCUCUGGCUGCUGCAGUAGCAAAAUUCUGGGCUCAGUUUUUUACUGAUACCUGGGUCUGGGGAGGUGAGUCUUACGCAUAUGACCAUAUUGAUUCUGCCUUUCCUGUUGGCUUGCUAUGUGACUCCACGUAUCGGUUUUGUACUACAAGAGCUUGCCAAAGCCUAUGAAGAGGAGGCUUCAGCAUUUGAGCGACCUAAGGUGUAGGCGACAUCAUCACGCGGCGGCUGAGCAGGUGCUCUUAUUGCAGCCAGCCACAGUCCCGGAAAAGACGCUACAGGAUAGCAGGAAAGUGUACUUUUCUCUUCCGAUAAAGCACAACCACAGGUGGCGAUGACAUGCUCUAAUCUUCGAAAGUAAUGGCAGUUCCAUGAUGCAUGUGAUUGAGCGAAGUCUCUGCGUUAUAUGAACGGUUCUGCGGUCAGGAGCCUUCUUUGUCCCUCG